AACGCCUUGUUCGACCAGGUUUGCCAUAUAGUCGCUACGCUGCUAACGCCCGAAUUCCCAUCCGUGGCGUCCUCGUAGCUCACUGGUGCUAUCCCGGACGUUGGACUCGAGAUCAGCUAGCAAGCCUGGGCCAUGAACGGCUCGUGUACCCUCGUAACAUAUACCCAAGGGCAUAUCCCCAGUCUUUCGAAUCUGCAGCGUCCAUUUCAGUUACCACCCGGACGCUCCAUUUACGUCUCGAUGUUGGGCAACCAUGGGUACCGUCAAUGACUUCUUUAAACCGUACGAUCUACGGCCUAAAAUCUUGGUCACCGAGCUCACUCUUGCGAGUCUUUCAACCAUGGUGCUUGCCAUUCGCUUCUGUACUCGGAAAUGUAUUGUAGGAAAAGUCAGCCUGAGCGACUACAUCAUGGCGGUCGCAUUGCUCUUUACAUGGGGGCUCUGCGCUUGUAACCAUUACCAGCUAUUCUUCGGUUCUGGCACAAAGAGUAAUCCAGAAGUUCCGCCAACGGCCACAAAAGAGGAGACAGAUGCAUUCUGGGAGUAUUGGCUGUUCGGGACUGUGGCGUCAUGGUACGCAUACCACAUUGGUUACUUGUUCAUCACGAGCCUUAUAAAGCUCUCGAUCUUGUGUUUCUACCUUGGUUUUGCGACCCAGCGAACCUUUCGUAGACUCGUCAUCACAUCGAUUGUGAUUGUCGUCGUAAUCGGCAUCUACUGUAUCUUCAUCGUGGCCUUUCAAUGUCUCGAGAACCCGUCUGACGCCCUAUCCCCUGCAAUACUCUCAGGUUGGGGUGAUGGUCACUGUUUUGACCUGAGGAUCGUUCUCUAUUGGCAAGCAGGCUGGAGUCUCGGAUCUGAUCUUGUCGUUCUGCUCCUCCCAAUGCCGAUUCUACUUGCGCUGCGCAUGCCAAGAGGCAAGCGCUUGUCCGUUAUAGCAAUCUUCGCAGUGAGUCUGCUCAUUCCGAUAGCGUCCGGAAUACGACUUUGGAGCCUGUUCCUCUGGGCAAAUAGCGGAGAUCUUGCUCGGUACUAUAGCGCAUACAUAAUCUUCUGGUCCCAAGUCGAGAUCAAUACUGCAAUAAUGUGCGCUUCCGCACCAUCUAUUCAGCCACUCCUCAAACGCAUGCUCAACAGAAUACCUUGUGGUCGACCAUCUCACAGCCCAUCGUACUACUACGGCGGACGUACUUCGCUGCCCGGGCUUACUGCUGUGGAGAUGGAGAGGAAUCUGCGGAGAGACAGCAUCGAUAUUCUGGAGACACCAACUCGGACCUAUUGUUCCUCUGGAGGCCAUGCAAAUGACCAAUCUCAUGAUCAAACGAGCAUUUCCCACAACACGGAAGAGGAGGACAUUAGAGCACGGGUCCGCGCGCUUUCAUGUCCACCGACCGUAUACUUGCGACCCACGUCACCGUCCUCUAUAUUCUCCCUCCCUUUGCAGGCGAACAACAAUACACAGGGUGGCUGAUAAUUGGCACCAUGCUCUGUGUUUUUGCGCAGGAGUACCUCUCCGGACACACGAGAUUCUAGCAUGGCAGCAUGUGAAAAUUGAGUGUAGACAGAAGCAUUUCUAGGCUUUUCUCGCUUAUUUCAACCGGCAAAUAAAACCUUUCAACUUUGCGAGUUUGGAAGAUCAGCAACGAAACUGGUUCCAGAGCCAGCGGUGUAGGCAACUACUUGAUUGCAGUGUGCGUACGUCCGACUCAGCCUCUAGGUGCAACAUGAGAGCUGAUUUGGACACUUGUUGCAUGGACCCCUGCUUAUUCGUCAGCCACCAACCCUGCUCAUUCUUGAGGGACCCGGUUCUCGGAUGAGGUAAGCCGCCCCCAAGAACGCAGUACCGUGUAAGGUUUGAACAUGCGAUUGGUCUGGACGGGCCGGCCAA